AUUAUUUAUUUGAUUUUUUAAAUAGUUUUUCCAAUAGAUUUAAACAGAUUUUAACAUAGGACCUUGUUUUAUAGUUCUAUGUGUACUUAUUUCAGAUUGGGUGUGUACAAACCAUUAAAAACUAAAAUAGAUGAUGUUCUUUGUGAGAUGAAAGAAUUAGAAGAGCAGAACAUUGUAUCACCAGAAUCUGUACUUGAUAAAGAUAACAAGUCUGAUGAGUAUACUGAUGUUUGCACAGCAAGUUUUGAAGCUGAUGCUUUCCUAGAGAGUGAAGAAAUAGUCAUGGAAACUAUUAGGCAGCACCAGACAGAAACAGAAACUGGGCAAAACAAAGAAUCCACAUCUGAAGACAAGACAGAUUUAGAUAUGACUGACAUGAUAAUGAUAAAUAAUGAAAUAACUAAUGAUGUAGAAAUACUUGCUGAUAAGGACACUCAUUAUGUAGAAAUACUUGCUGAUAAGGACACUGAUGAUGUAGAAAUACUUGCUGAUAAGGACACUGAUGAUGUAGAAAUACUUGCUGAUAAGGACACUGAUGAUGUAGAAAUUCUAGCUGAUAAGGACACUGAUGAUGUAGAAAAACUUGCUGAUAAGGACACUGAUGAUGUAGAAAUUCUAGCUGAUAAGGACACUGAUGAUGUAGAAAAACUAGCUGAUAAGGACACUGAUGAUGUAGAAAUUCUAGCUGAUAAGGACACUGAUGAUGUAGAAAUACUUGCUGAUAAAGACACUCAUUUAGAUAAGCAAUCAGUCACUGUAGAAAUAGUUACUGAUGAUACUGAAAAGGAAACUGAGGUUUUGUUAAACAAGGGUAAAACAGAUUCUGAGGGUGACAGUUUAUCUCAGAAUUCAUCUACAAGUCAAAUAGUUAAGCAAUGUCAAUCUCAGGACGUUGAAACUAAAGAAUUAAAUACAUCUGGGUGUAAAGAAAUGAAAGAUGAAGGUAAACACGUUGAAACUGAUAUGGAACCUUGUUUAGACACUAGUGAAAAGAAAGAUGCCUGCAGAAGCAAAGAUAUUGAAAUGUCUGAAACAAGUGGUAAGCUACAAGUAUUCAGAAACACUGUAAAAGAUGGCAAGAAUUUGAAUGUUUUUGACAAAGCAGUAAAGGAAGAGCCUGUUUUUAGGCAAGUGCAAGUUCAAGAAAUCUCCAGUGGUAAGGACCAGUCCACUCAGACAGAUCUGGAAUUAGAAACAGUAAAAGCAGUGAAUGAUAUUGGAGUGCAAUGUGAUAUUCCAGUGUUUCCAUCUCUGGCAAGUUUAGCAGGAAAGUGUUACAAGGUCAAACCUCUCAAAAGUUCUGUAUCACUUAAACUUAUUGAUGGUAAAGAUAAGGAAUAGAAAGGAAACCAAGACUGAACACUAUAUUUAGAUAAAUGAACAGAGAAAUUUUGUAUCAUGUAUUGACGAAAGUUUCAUGAAAAAUUCAUAUCCAACUUCAAAAAAUCCAACAUUGAGAUGCAAAUAUUUAUGUAUAUAUCAUUUUUGAUUUUUUAAAAUCAUUGUUAGGAAAAGACUUUGUUUCUUGAUCUUGUUUUCAAAAAAGUAAAAUGAGUCUUAUUUUUGAAAAUACUAAUAUUAUAUGUCCAAAUUGUCAGUCAUGCAUCUAUAUGAAAUAUUCAGAUGUUUUAUCUAACUUGUUGUAAAUAAAUGUAACUGAAUUUGUCACAAAUUGUUAUACUAUCAAUGAAUAGCUUAUGAGUGUAAGAAUGAUAAUUAUAUAAUUUAGACCAAUUUUAAAAUCAGAAGAAUAUCAGAAGAAAAUUUUAAUGAGAUUUAAGAAUUCAUUUAAUACAGUGUAUGUACAUGAAUUUGAUACACUAUUUAAGCAUCUUUUUUCAACAACUGUACAUAUUUAACAAAUAUCAAUUUUUUUUAGAGAGAAAACCAAUUUAUUGUUGUUUUUUUUGUUAUUUAGAUAUGGCAUAACUCAGAAGAAUAAAGCCUGUGACAUCGGCAUUUAUAUUUACUGAAAUAAUCAGCUGUGAAGUCAUGUGAAAUACUUUCAUCAUUCUGUUACUAUUGUAUUGAUGUUUCUCUAUUGAAGAUAACAAAUUCUUAAGUAAACAUAAUAAUAAUUAUUACAUUUAAGAUAUUGAAGAUUUAUGGUGUUUCUAAAUCUAAUGAUGAGCCACGCUAUGACAAAACCAACAUAAUGGGUUUGCGACCAGCAUGGAUCCUGAUCAGACUCUGCAUCCGCGUGGUCUGAUCAGGAUCCAUGCUGUUCGCUGUCAGUUUCUCUACUUGUUAUAGGGUUUGUAAUCGAACAGCAUGGAUCCUGAUCAGACUGCGCAGAUGCGCAUGCUGGUCUGGAUCCAUGCUGAUCGCAAAUGUCAUGGCAGGGCUCAAUUAUUUUAAUUAAAUCUCUCGCAAUCUUCAAACAAUCUUAGAAUGUUAUAUAAGAUGUUGUGACAAUUAUAAUAUGAUCCUUGAAAUAAUGAUAUUUAUGUAACAACCACUAAUUUUGUCAGUCAUACUUGCAUUGUGUAUCUUUGAUAUUCAUGCAAAAUCAAAUAUAUUUAUUAAGUGAUAUUAUGCCCAUCCAAGGGUAUAUAGUGAGUGAACGGGUGAAGAUCAAAAUAAGUUUUCAUUUUGCCAUAAUUCCUUUUAAUUUAAUAAUUAAGUUCGCAUAAACAAUAAAUAAUGCACAGAUCCAAACGAAAUUUCUGUAAAUAUCCAUUAGAAUUUACCUAUAACGCUUAGUUUAUAAAAAGAGUGGGGCAGUCUUUUUAAAUUUUAGGCAGAUUUAUAAUUUUAUCCUAAACAUUUUCCAAUAUCAACUGUUGGUCAAACACCAUUUUGACAGUCAAUCUUUUGAAAUAUAAAGUCAAUUCAGCUCAACUUGACUAUGAAAAUAUGAGCAUAAUGUCACUUCAUAUAUUAAAUGAUUUUCUAAAAUAAAUGUUUUAAUUCGAAAUAUUUAUUUAUUCUAUAUGUUGAUAAAAGCUAGUCCUUUU